AUGACAUCGUCAUAUUUAGUUACAAUUCCCAAAGCUAAACUUAAUUUAAAAACGGUGAAAGAGUUUAUUACCGGUAUAUUUAUUGAUAAUUCUGGCUCAACAAGUUCUCAGUUGGUUUCAAUAGGAAAAAAUGUUUUAGAAACUGAAUUAAGUAUUUGUCAAGUUAUUCAGUUUGAUUAUGUUAUUCUUUGGAAUACAUCAGCUAAAUUAUGUACAAAUAUUGAAACAUCAACACCGCAAGGUGGUACAAGUCCAAUGGCUAUAUUUCACAAUGAAUCAACGAAAGAAGCAUUUAAUAAAUCUGAUGUUAUUGUUUUUGUUACCGAUGGAGAAAUUGAUAAUAGUAGUGUUACACAGGUAAAAAAAGAGAAAAGAAAACUAAAUAAUUUGAAAUUUCUAUACAAGAAUGAAACCAUCGAGUUUUGAAAAUAAUUAUCUUUUUUUUUUCUUCAAUUAGUAUAAUCAAUCGAUAAUUUGACAAAAACUCGUUCGAUCGUACGAAAAGAUAUAUUGUUUAGUGUGAGAUUUCAUGUAUUACAAUGUUUUAUUCUAU